AUGGCAGGUAUUGGGAGGGCCAUCAAAUCAAGGAAGUUAACUCCGAGGUUUGUUGGCGCUGUAGCUUAUGAGAUCGCCCUACCACCACACUUGGCGAAUCUGCAUAAUGUGUUUCAUGUUUCUCAGUUGAGGAAAUACAUUACAGAUCCAUCUCACGUCCUAGAGUCAGGCGAUAUUCAGAUUAGGGAGGAUUUAACUGUGAACACUGGACCGAUGCGAAUUCUAGACUCACAAGUGAAAAAGCUGCGAGGGAAGGAAAUCAAGACCGUGAAAGUGAUGUGGGAUGAGACUACUCAGGAGAUGACCUGGGAGAUGGAGGAUCGCAUGAGGCAGUCCUAUCCGCACUUAUUUCUUGGUAGGGAGAAACCUAGUUUUAGACUAGGUCUAGUGUAUCGCCCGACGGUGUUAGGUUUGCCGCCAGGCAAUGGCGUGGCACAUGGGCUGUUUAUAAUUUUCGAUAUUGUAAAAUGA